CCUGCGGCAGCGUUCGUGAUGUUGAUUACAGCCUGAAAAGACCAACUAGCAGUCCAUCAGUCUAUAUAAUUAUAUAGUCAAAGGACUCCAUGAAUAAGACAAAGAAGAAGUCGGCCUCUCUCGACCCUCUGCUCUGCCAUCGACACUCGCAGCUAACGUCACGCCGUGACAGCGACGGGGACUCUACGUUCACAUCCACAAAAUAUUUUGACAAGCGCGAAUACAAUACACUCUCGUGGCCUCGUCGCCGAUUCGGAGAGUCCCAGCGAGGCGAGGCGGGACCCAUGGAUUCGUACUUUCAUCGUAAUCGCGUUUAGUUUCGUCGGCUCGUGAGAUAAUCUCGCUCGCGAUUGCUCCGUAUAUUCCGUACGAGUCCUGAGGUAUGGCGCUGUCAAACAUUUUGCUGCUCAGCCAAAUAGCCGGCUACGUCGUGGCCCUUAUUCUGUCGCUCUGCAUCAUCGUGCCUAUGAGCCUGCACGAGGACGAAUUUAAGGGACACUGUCUUCUGUUCUCGACCGGAGUCUGGCAGGAGUCGGACGGCCAGUUCGUGGUCAACUGGGCGUCGCAGGCGUAUUGCAAUUACACGGUGUUCGUAGGUCUGGUCCUCCUCGUGACGUCGACGGUACAGAUCUACCGGUUGUCCCUGUUUAUGUAUCGCAGCGAGGACAGCUCGUUCCUCUCGGCGUUUGUGGACGUAGUAACUUGCGUCCUUCUCACCACCGUCACCUUAGUCGCGGCGAUUAUCGUCACCUUAGGUUUCAUGACGUGGUGCCAAUGUAUGACCAAGAGGUUCCCGUCGUGCGAGCUGGCGGCCGGCAAUGACAUCGACAAGGCCGACGGUAUCGACACGUCGGGUUUCCACAUCGAGCUCGGCACUGCUCAGUUUGGCAUUUGGAGCAGCCUGUCGAUUUGGGUGGGUUUGUCGGUUUUCGCGGUCCUAAAGCUGCUGAGGUAUCAUCAGCUGGAGAAUAUGAAGGUUUCCAUGUAUAGAGAGAGGCAGAGAUUGAUAGAAGCUACCACGAGCAAUCAGCAACAGGAGCCGACUUAAGAGUCGCUAGCCUAACGUUUCGUUUCUCAGGGUGAGUUUGAUAAUAACGUUUGCCAAUUUGCAAAGACGAGCGAGACAGUAAUCUCAAGGAAUGUGCGUUUGCGUCGGCGGUGUUGCGUUACUCGCGAGAUUUUCGUUAGCUCCAAGGCGCACGGAGUUGCUGCGAACGACGUGAUAUAUCGAUAUUGUUCUGUGUUCGGAGCCAAUCACAUUUCAAAAGGAGUAGCCAAACCUUUCUAUCGGCAAGAGACAUCGGUAUACAGCAAAAUAUUUUAAGAAUAUUAGUUCUCGUUCACAGUUGAGGAAGAGUUCUUUAAAAAUAUCUAGCGUUCGAUCGGUCUUUUCUAGGUUUGGACAUAUAAGACUUGUAUAAAGGUCGUGUUAACAAUGUAUAUAUUACAAUAUAUUUAUAAACCAAAUAUAUAAUGAACUGAUACAAGCAUAUAAUUGUAAUAAGUAAUCAGAGUUAAUAAAUGCUUUUUUUUAUAUAUUUUUUCGUUUCUGUUAGGUAUACAUACAUACGUAGCACUGUAUGUACGUGCGUGUAUAGGCAAUUUAUAACAUGGGCUACCAGAUUGUUAGGCUUAAGAAUACGAUACAAGAGAUAUUUGUUACGUGACGCUUUUGUUAUUUAAUGCUCUUUAAGUGUAUCCAUUAUAUUUUAUUAACAAGCGCGCCUGUAAUUUUGUAUAUAUAUAAAUUACAAAAUACAUAUACCGAAGUUAUCCUGA